ACUGUCUGGUCUUUCUCUUUUCCGUCGUGUCCGCGGAAGUCUCGCGUUACUCAAAGUAGCUUCAAGCUAACUGCCACUACAGUUGCUCAAGACAAGCAAACAAACAAAAAAAAACAAGUUUAUCCCCUAAAAGGAAACACAAGGGCCUCUUUUGAGGAGGAUAAACGUUCGUUCUGAGGUCGCCUUUGAGAGCCGAGUGACGACGAAUCUCCUACCGAGUUCGUACCUAUAUACCUGAACCCUGGCCGCGGACGGGCGUGGCUCCUCAAUGAAGAUGUCCCUGGUGCAGCGAGUGUUUCUGAUGUGGAUCUUCAGCCUCAUCUUCCUCAUCAUGCUGGUCCUCAAGCUGGAUGCCAAAGUGCACUGGAACUGGUUCCUCAUCUUCCUGCCCGUGUGGUCGCUCGAUGCCAUCCUUGUCCUUCUACUGCUGCUGAAACUGGCCGGUCGGUGUAAAGGCGAUGCGGAGCAGCGCGAGGGCGACCCCGGUGCGGCCCGCCGGUUGUGGUACCUGGCGGCCGUGGGGCUGAAGGUGGGUUUCUGCCUGAGCCUGUGCUCUCGCCUGCAGAGGCUGACGGAUGUGUGGCUCAGUGUGGUGUGCGUGCCCCUCUGGGUUCUCCUCGGGGGCGCCCUGGUGGAGCUAGGACGCGGCGUCUUUCGCUCACGCAGGGACUAAACUUGAGCAUUCUCCUUGCACGCACUUUUUUUUUACAACGGACUGCUUUUUAAAAAAAGUCACUUUACACAUCCUUGAAAUGAAUUGAUUUGGGGCUUUUCCAAAAGUCACUCAGUAGCACCAACUUUAAAGUUGGGGCCCGGGGGGAAUCCCAGGACACCGUUAACAGCUUUCAACAUGAGUUUUGGUGAACAGAUCUAUGAAAAAAUUGAUCCACGAAAAAUUCAGGUACCCAUGUCUGAAAUUGAACAAGGAGGCAACGCGUUUGUUUCAUCUGUGCUUGUAGCUCUACUGAAUUUCGAAUUUUUAAUUAACAAAUGAAUCAUUUGUUGGGGGUUGAGGGGGUCUUAGCAUUCCCCAAAACUCAUUUUGUAACCAUGUAUUUUAAGGUUUCUGAACUUGCCUCCUUUGAAUCAUAACUUGUAAAGGAGUAGUUGUAAAGGAGUAGUUAGUGAUUUUAAAGUAAAGUUCUAUUUUGUGAUGUCAUAUUUAUGAAUUAUUAACACAUACGUACCAUUACAAUGUAUUUUUUUGUCAUCUUCCAUGUAUUUCCAUGUAAAAGUCUUCAUACUUACAGAAGUAAUGCUUGUGUUCUGUUCUUUUGAUUUUAAUAUAUUUAUUGUAUUGUAUUACAACUUUUCUGAAAGUAAAAAAAAACAAACUCAUAAUAUGGCUCUCAAAAAGAAUGUUUCUUGGUAGUGUAACUAUUUUGCAAAAUGUGACUUUUCCCGGCGGCCCGGUUGUUGAGUGGUUAGCACAUUGACUUCACAGUGCAGAAGGUAUCGGUUUCAUUUCCAGCUCCGGCCUUCCUGUGUGGAGUUUGCAUGUUCUCUCUGUGCUUGUGUGGGUUUUCCCCGGGUCCUUCCACAUUCCAAAAACAUGCAUGGCAGGCUGAUUGAACAUUCCAAAUUGUCCCUAGAUGUGAGUGUGAAUAGUUGUAUGCCCUGCGAUUGGCUGGCAACCGGUCCAGGGUGUUCCCCGCUUACUGCCCGAAGACGGCUGGGAUAGGCUCCAGCAACCCCCCGCGUCCCUAGUGAAGAUCAAGCGGUUCGGAAAAUGAAUGAAUGACUUUGCCCGCCAUGUUAAAAAAAUUACAACUUCACUCUUGCACAAUCAUUUUAAUAUAUUAAUUUGGUUUAUAAUGAAAAGCGAUUUGAAUUGGAAAAAUUGGUCUUGAUUUAACCAAGCUGAAUCAUUUUAAAAUGUACCGUCCUUGAAUUGUAUCCCACCCUGUAAAUCGAGAUAUGUUUCGAAUCCCCCCCCCCCCACCAUACAAUUCAGACAUUACUACUUCAUUGUUGUAACACUUUCACAUUACCGUUUUAUUCGAUCGUGAUGCUCAUAAAUGAUUUUAAUCUUGUGACGUAACUGGACCUAAAAUUUAUUAUAGUCCAAGUAACAUUUUCUUGGAAGCAAUAUAUAAAACGUGUUGUCAGAUACAGCGUAAUUAUUUUCAAAACUUUUAUAUUGUAAAAAAACUUUCCACAUUUUUGCAAAAUGAUCCCCCCCAUAUGUUGUGACACUCAUAACAAUUGGAGUGUCACAGCUUUAUUCUUUAACCCUUUCAGGGACAGCUGUUACAACAGUGGACAUCUUAUCAUGUUAUGAGGUUAUAGGGUGCAGGACAUGCUUCAUCCGUAAAACACCCAUUUAUACUCUGGGUCUUGGUUUAAUGAUUUUUUUCUCUCAAUUUCUUGUUUUAUUAGUCUACUUUGGCUUUUGUUCAUGUUACAAAAAAUUCUAUUUACCCAUCCAGCCCCAGUUUUCAUAAAAUUGCCUUUCCUUUUGACAUUGCAACUUUAUUCUUGAAAUAUUAAAAAAAAUCCCCCUUAUAGAAGCUAAUUUGUAACAUUACAACUUUUGUUUCGCAUCACUACCACACCUUAUUAAUUUUCUUAAGACAAGGAAUAUUCUUUCUUCUUUGGGGUAUUGCACAAUAAGGACAGUGGGAAAAGAUACAGAUGGCUGCUGGAGGAAUUGACUUUUCAGGGUCUUGAUAAGAGAAAAUGCAAACUCAGUGUGACACUUGAAUGCAAAACAACUCUUUGGCGCACAGCUGGUGCCUUUUGGAGCAAAAGGCAAUAACUAAAUAAAAUAUUUUAUUGCGAAUAGAA